AUGGAUGAGAAACGAAAAAGAUCUUAUGAGUCUGAUUUGGAUUUGUGCUCGAAAACUCCAACUCAAAAUGAACCAAUUAAUAAUGUUCAAACAUUGGAAGAAGCAAUGAAUUCUGAACUCAAGCAUGGUCAAGUAGAUCCUAACGUAGAUUGGAAGAAAAUGAAAAGAAUCAUGUCAAAUCGACUAUCAGCACAAAGAUCCAGGAACAAAAAGAUGGAAUACACAGCUGAAUUGGAAAAGAAAGUCAAAGAAUUAGAGAAUACAAUAGCUUGGGCUGGAUCAGAAAUAGAAAAUGCUAAAUAUAAUAAAAAGAAGUUGAUGCUGGAGAACGAAAUGUUGCAACAACAAUUGGAUAUUGUCAUUCACAAAUCUAAUUCAAGCAUUGCACAAACUGAAGAGUUGAAACUUGAGUUGGAGACGCUUAAGGAACUUGCAAAGAGUCAAAGUUCCAACUUUUGUGAGUCAGAAAUAGACAUGGAUCAGUAUCUCAACUUUGAUACCAUGAACUUUUAUCCACACCAGGAUUGA